AUGCGCAAGAUCAAGCUGAACAUGAGCUUGCCUGAAGAAGCUGCUGUGAUCCAGUACAACACGACCAGCAUCUUCAGUGAAGUUGAGGAGGCGGCCUUCUACCUCCACCACUACCACCGUUGGGACCAGCACAGCAAGAUUCACAACUUUGAGACACAUUACUACACCAAUGAUAUCAGAUCUGGUGUUGACAUCCUCUACCGCCGCCUCUUCGCUGUGCUCAUUGAGUACACAGGGAGCUCCAUUGAUGAAGACAGCCUCUUCAUGAUCUACACCACCUUCCACAAUGCUUUGUACUUCCCCUUCAUCUUGUAA